AUGACACAAUGGCGAAUAUCAAAACCCAUUACUGAAAUAGUUGGCGGUCCAGAAUUACACAUAAAUAAGGGAUCAACUAUUAAUUUGACGUGCAUUGUUAAAUUUGCACCGGAACCUCCGCCCGCAGUCACUUGGUCGCACAAUCGUCAAGUCAUAAAUUUCGAUUCGCCUCGCGGCGGUAUAUCAUUAGUAACAGAGAAAGGUGUCCUUACCACCAGCCGUUUACUAGUGCAGAAAGCAAUACAGCAGGAUUCCGGUCUCUACACAUGCACGCCGUCGAAUGCAAAUCCAACAUCGGUUCGGGUACAUAUCGUGGAUGGUGAACAUCCUGCAGCAAUGCAUCAUGGACGCUCCUCACAGACUACACCAGCAAUGGCUUUACUGCUUGUUCUCACAGUGUUUAUAGUUUCCUUACAAUAUCAGAAUACAUUAAGCCAAAGCAUACGCUGGAAUUAUGCAUCGGCAGCAAGUCGAUGCCCCUCCUAUCAAACUGGAGAUAUGCCCAUAAAAACUGGAGAGCUUGGAGUGCGAGAAUGCAGUAAAACUGAAUUGCCAAAGACAUAA